AUGCAAGUUAUUUUGAUCUUACUCCCAUUGAAGGAACAAAAACAAGGUGAUGCCCCUACUGAAGACAACAAUGUGGGAACAAAAUGUGUAAUAGACUAUAGUGAUCAAUUCACAACUUAUUCGAUAUUCAAUGGUAGAGAUGCAUUGCUUAGAUGGGCUCGUGCACAAGGAAAAAUGAAUCAUAUUGUCAUUGUAAUUAAAAGGUCUGAUUAUGGAGGUGAGGGCAAGAGGAUACCUCGUGUAAUACUUGCUUGUGAGAGGAACGGUAACUAUAAGUCUUGCAAAUCUAGUGAGACAACUGAUAUAAGGUCGGAUGCAAAUAGUGAUAUGAAAAAAUGUGCUAGGGACACAGGUACCAAGAAAUGUGAAUGUCCAUUCUUGUUAAAAGGUGUCAAUAUUAGUGAUGGGGAUGAUUGGAAGUUGGAGGUGGUUUGA